AUGGCCAAAAAGAAAGGAACAAAUACCCAAUCUCAAACCCUAGACCACAAAACCUUAACCCCACAACCACCACCAUCCACCAAUGAUGACCCUUCUGUUCAGAUUCAAAAUCUCAAGAAUCUCAACAACGUUCUUCUCAAAGAAACCACCAAUCACAGAAACCGCAUUCAGUUACUUCUCAAAGCUAACCACGCCGCCAUGGAUGUUGAAGACAAAAAUCUCGCCUUGGACCUUCAAAACGAUGUUUUCUUUGUUUUUGUUAAGACCCAGAUCACUGAAUUAGGGUUUCUCUUUGAAAAGAUCGUUGAAGAGAAAAAUGAGAUUGAGUAUGAGGUUUCUGUUCAAAGGGAGAAGAUGAAGGAUUUAGGGUUAUGUCUAGAGAGUGAGGAGAGGAAUGUUGAGAAGAUGAGGUUGGAUGCACGGAAACUGUUUGAUGAAAAGGCUGAGAGAGAAAGUAAGGUUGAGGAGCUUGAGAAGGAUAGGGAUUUGGCUGUGAAGAAGUCGAUUGAGUCGGUGAAGGUGAUUGAUGAGUUGAAGGAGAAGAUUGAUUUGGUGGUGAAGGAGAAGAAUGAUGCUGAGGGUGUGAAUAGUACUCAGGACGUCAAGAUUUCCAAUCUUGGACUUGAGUUGCAGCAGCUUAAUGAGGUUUUGAAGAGCUCGCGGAAUGAAGAGGCUGUGAUGCGUGGGAAGAUUCGUGAAAUGGAGGAAACUAUUGAGGUUGCUCUGGAGAAGGAAAGGGAAAUGAUGGUGGAAAAUAGUAAAUUGGUUGGAGAGAAGAAGGAGAUGGAGAAGAGUAUUGAGAAUUUGACUGAGGGGAGGGAUACUGUUUAUAGGACCCUGGAUAUGGUUAAGAGAGAAUUAGAGAAUAGGCAGCGUGAGGUUGAUGAGGCGAGAAGAGCUAGAGAUGAGGUUGAGAAGGUUAAAGUUGGCUAUGAGAAUGAAGUCGUCAAGUUGCAAGGUGAAAUAAGUGUACUAAACGGUGCUGUGGAGGAGUGGGAAAUUUUCGCUAGAGAGUCUGGAGAGAAAAACAAUGGAUUACUCUCUCAGGUUAAUCAUUAUAGGAAUGCUAUUGAUGAAGUGAAGUCUAUGAAUGAGCUCAACAGUAAGAAGUUUGAUGAGGAGAAAAAGAAAGUGGAGAAUUUGCAAUCACAAGUUGUGGAAAUGGAGGAAAAGAUUGAGCUAUUACUCUCUCAAGUUCAAUGUUAUAAGAAUGCUGUUGAAGAAGUGGAGCUUGAGAGGGAUAACAUCAGAAAGGGAUAUGAUGAAGAGAAAAACAAAGUAGAGGAUUUGGAGGCACGUGUUACUGAAUUGAAGCUUAAGCAGGAUACCAUCAUGAAAAGAUAUGAUGAGGCAACAAAUAAGGUGGAGAAUUUGGAGUUGCAAGUUGUGGGACUGAAGGAAAAAAUUGAGAAUGCUGAAGCUGAGUUGGUCAAGGUGAGUAGCGAGAAAGAGAAGAUGAACGAAACAAACAAGGAGCUAGGAAGCCGCAUAGAUGUUUUGAUUAACGAAAAGGAUGCUACACAUAGUAGCCUCAUUGCAGCUCAACGAGAGUGCAAAGAUUUGAGAGCUAAGUUUGAGUCUUCUAGCAUCAAUUCAAAGCAGGCUUUGGAAUUGUUGAAGAGAACUGUUGCACACGUGUCUAAGGAAAGCGUGGAAGUGAUUCCUCGCGGUGAGAAGAAGCAUGAGGAAGAAAUUCAGUAUUUUGCUGAAGAACUUGAGGCAAUAAAGAAAGCAUUCAAGGCUAAGGAUGAGCUGGUGGAUGAUAUGAAGAAACAAGUUGCAUCACUGCAGAAAUCUGCGUCUGAUGCACAUAAAGGUAAGAACUUGUGGGCCGGAUUAUCCUCUGCUGCUACUAUUUGUGCUUUUGCCUUGACUGCAUAUGUUGCUAAAGGACGCUGA